AUGUAUUCCCCUAAAACUGGUGGUGCAGACUAUUGUAACCCAAUGAAUAACCACCGUGAUAAGAAAGACAAAUUGAAGAAAUACCAAUAUAUGCUGACCUUUUACUUUGCCAUUGAGGAGAUCAAUAAAGAUUCUCUCCUGCUUCCCAAUGUGACCUUGGGUUUCCACAUCUACAAUGCCCUUGACUCUCACCGAAGAACCUUAGAGGGCCUUCUGAUGUGGCUGUCUGGAAGAAGUGAGUUUAUUGUGAACUACAAAUUCAAAACUCAAUACAAUGCUCUUGGAAUCAUUGCAGGAAUCAGGCCUGAAUUUUCUGCUGCAAUUGAAACCCUUCUGGGGCUGUACAAAAUUCCACACGUCACAUAUGGAACGUUUGAUUCUGUGCUAAGUGACAAAGAUACAUUCCCAUUCCUUUACCAGAUGUCUCAUAAAGACACAGCUCUAACCCAAGGGGUGAUCUUGUUAUUGUUGCACUUUGAUUAGAAGUGGGUGGGUAUCUUUGUGUCUGAUGAUCUGAAAGGCAAGGAAUUCCUCUCAGGCUUGAGAUCAGAGAUGGCAUCAGAAGAUAUUUGUGUGGCCUUUACAAUAAAACUCCAGAGGAAUUUGAUUAUUUAUUAUAGCCCGCUGGCUGAGUAUCAUUUUUAUAAAGAUACACAACCAGGAACCAAACAAGUGGCCAAGUGGCCUCCUGCACAUUCAUAUCCAAGUGAUGUCUCCCUACAGCUUCAUCCAUUUCUGAGGAAAAUCAAGUUUACAAACACUGCUGGAGACCAAAUAUGCUUUGAUGCGAGCAAGAAUCAUAUGGAAAAGUAUGCUGUACAAAACAUUAUGAGAAAUACUAAUGAUUAUUCAUUCAUAGUUAAAGUAGGAGAAUUUGUCUCCAAGAGUCCACAGGAUCAAGGCUUGUUCAUCAAUGAAGUUCUGAUCAAAUGGCCAAGUGACUUCAAUCAGGCUCCCCAAUCCAUAUGUACAAAGAGCUGCGGUCCAGGUUUCUGGAAAAUUCUAAAAGAAGGAAGAUCAAGAUGCUGUUUUUCUUGUGUGUUUUGUCCAGAGAGGCACAUUUCCAAUCAGACAGAUCAAAAGGAAUGUAUCCCUUGCCCAAAUUAAGAGUAUCCAAACCCUGAGAGAAACAACUGCCUACGAAAGUCAGUGACAUUCCUGUCCUUUGAUGACUCUCUGGGCAUAGCUCUGGCCUGCACAGCUCUGUGCUUGUCUGUCAGCACAGUUGUAGUUAUUGGAAUCUUUCUCAAGCACCAAGACUCUCCCAUCGUGAAGGCCAAUAAUCGGACUCUCAGCUUCAUCCUGCUCAUCUCCCUCCUCCUCUGCUUCCUGUGCCCAUUUCUCUUCAUUGGCCAGCCAAACACAGCCUCCUGCAUAUUGCAACAAAUUACAUUUGCUCUGGUGUUCACUCUGGCUCUUUCCACUGUUUUGACAAAAACUAUAACAGUAAUUCUGGUCUUUAGAGCCACGGCACCAGGAAGAAUAAUGAGAAGGCUCUUUGUCUCAGGCAUCUAUAACUCAGUCAUCCCCAUAUGUAUCUUGAUCCAGCUUAUUCUCCUUGGACUCUGGCUGGGAACUUCUCCUCCCUAUAUUGAAGAAGAUGCACACUCUGAACAUGAUCAGAUCAUCAUUUUGUGCAACAAGGGCUCAGUCACUGCUUUCUACUGUGUGCUGGCAUAUUUAGGGACCCUGGCCUUAGGAAGCUUCACUGUGGCUUUCCUGGCAAGGAACCUGCCUGACACCUUCAAUGAAGCCAAGUUACUGACAUUCAGCAUGCUGGUGUUCUGCAGUGUCUGGGUCACCUUCCUCCCUGUCUACCACAGCACCAAGAACAAAGUCAUGGUGGCUGUGGAGGUCUUUUCUAUUUUAGCAUCCACUGCAGGGAUGCUUGGGUGCAUAUUUUUCCCAAAGUGCUACAUAAUACUCCAACGGCCUGAUAAGAAACAUGUGAAAUGUUUUAAAAAACAAAACACA